CUUGUCAAGAGCUGGGCUUCAUAUGAACCUACCUCUGCAAGCUGUGUGAUCUUCCAACGAACUCAAUCACCACCGAGACAUCCAACCACAAUGAAGGUCACCACCCUCUCCUCCAUCGUAACCUUCCUCCCUACCUCCCUCGCCACAACCAUCUACCUGGCGGGGGACUCCACCAUGGCCACCGGCGGUGGUGGCUCCAGCACAGCAGGCUGGGGCGACUACGUCGCCCAAUAUCUAAGCACCUCAUCAGGAAUCACGGUCUCCAACGACGCCGUCGCCGGACGCAGCGCACGGUCCUACACGCGCGAAGGCCGCUUCGACGACAUCGCCAGCACGCUACAAUCCGGCGACUACGUGAUCAUCGAAUUCGGACACAACGACGGCGGCUCCCUCAGCAGUGACAACGGCCGGACCGACUGUUCCGGCACGGGCACCGAAGUCUGCUACUCCGAAUACGACGGCGUCAACGAAACCAUCCUCACUUUCCCCGCGUACCUCGAGAACGCCGCCAACACGUUCCAAAAGAUCGGUGCCACCGUCAUCAUCUCGUCCCAGACGCCCAAUAACCCCUGGGAAACGGGCAGCUUUGUCGACGACCCGCCGCGGUUUGUCGGGUAUGCGGAAAUCGCGGCGGACACGGCGGGCACGUCGUACGUGGAUCACUUUGCUUAUGUGGAUCAGGUGUAUGAGGCGUUGGGGGCGGAUACGGUGGAUGCGUUCUUCCCCGUUGAUCAUACGCAUACGAGUGCGGAGGGGGCGGAUGUGGUGGCGAAGGCGUUUUUGAGGGGGGUGGUUUGUGGGGGGUUGGGGUUGGCGGAUGAAUUGGUGACGGAUGAUUUGGAGUUAGGGACGUAUGCGUGUUUGGAUUAGAUGAUACGAGGUUGAUGGUAGCUAUUGAGCAUUGGUGCUGCAGACUGUCAGAGAGAAUACAAUAUAUAGCUCGAGAUACUGGCACAGCGUGGACUGUUCAU